UGGACGGGGCGCGGGGACCCGGCAGGAGAAUGAGCGGGGCUGGCCCCGCAUCCGGCCCGCGACUCCUCUUCCCCGACGGAGACUCCGGCCGCUGCCCGCCGCCCGCCCGGGGCACCCCCGUGGCCGGGCCCGAGCCCCGAGCAGGGAGCCGCCCGAAGCCGGAGCGGGGCGCGGGGGGCUGCCCGCCGGGGCCCAGGAGGCGGAAGCGAACCACGUUCAGCCGGGGGCAGCUGUGCGAGCUGGAGCGGGUGUUCGCCGCGCUGCCCUACCCCGACAUCGGCACCCGCGAGCGCCUGGCCGAGCUCACCCGCCUGCCCGAGGCCAAGAUCCAGGUCUGGUUCCAGAACCGCCGCGCCCGGAGGAUCAAGAGCGGGAAGCUGGAGCAGCCGAGCUGCCGGCGGGCUCUGGCCAGUAAACCGCCCCCCUCCUGCCCCCCACCGCUCCAGGGCAGCUCCCUCCUGCCCCAGGGACAAGGGGCCAGAAGCCAACAGGUGCCCGAGCUCCGCCUGCCGGGCAGCUGCCCCCAGCAGUGCCUGGGCCCAGCGCUGCCCGGCCUCGUCUCUGCCUUCCAGGGGCAGCUCCUGUGGGAAGACAGUAGCCAGCCCCCCUGCAGCCAGGCGGGAGCCCACUGGCCUGUGGCUGCCCCCAGCCAGGCGGGGGCGCAGGGAGCAGACCCCAUGGCCGGUGAGGGGCUCUCCUAUUGGGAUGUGUUCCCUGCGCAGACCUCCCUCGGGUACAUCUCUGACCUCAUCUAUAACGCGGCCAUCGUCACCAACCUGGGCGAGCCCUAGGCCUGGCCCCGGCCGAGGAACUGGAACAAACACUGGCCUGAAUGGCAGCUGGGCGCUGGAGACUCUGGGCUGCCACAGGACACGGAGGACUAAGUGGUACCUGGCUGAAUUAAUCUGGAGGGAGGCUCUGCUCCCAGGGUGUGCAGUGGGGUGACCUCUGGAUCUUGGCUUUCUUGGGUGUGUGCUGCAAAGCAAUUCCAUCACAAUAAUAAACGUGGGGCCGUGCCCCCUCCCCAGCU